UCAACUGCAAAACUCCCAAUAUCGAGCAAAAACCCUCCACCGCCUCAUCGCGAAGAAACAAAGAAAGCAAAAGCAAAAGCAAAGGCGAGGGUUAGAGCGAAAGCCAUGGACCCGUCGGCGAUGGAAUCGAUCGCAGGCCGACUCUCCGCCGUCGAAGGCCUCUACUUUCCGCGCUCCGUUGAGCUCACCGCCCCUCCUCCCUCCGACCGCAAAACCCUCCUCCUCGAUCUCCUUUGCCGCGACCCCUCCCUCUUCCUCGAGCGAUAUGGGUCCCACCUUACGGCCGACGAGCUUUUCCCCUUCGAAGCCCUAACUACCGACUACUCCGUCAAAUUCCACCUCUCACGACUUCAAUCCCUCCUGAAUCCGACCCUAGAAGACAGAAAGUCGCGAUCUUUUAGGGAGCGGGAGCCGUACUUGCAUUAUGAGAUUUUGGGGAGGUUUCAGGAUCCGAUGGGGAGAGUGAUGUCGAGGCCCGGGGAGCGGUGGUCGGAGACUUUGUUGAGACGGUGUGAGGAGGCGGAGAUUACGGAGAAGAUACGAGGGGAGCAGAAGAGGAGAGGGGUUGAUCGGAGGGAGUGGGUCGGGGGUGGCGAUGAGAUGGAGGAAGUGGAGAGCGAGGAGGAGGAGGAGGAGGAGGAGGAGAGUGAGGAGGAGAGCGAGGAGGAAGAAGAAGAUGGAUUGAAAUCAAAGGAGGAGCAUGAGGAUAAGGAACCUGAUGGCCGCCCCGUUGUUACGGCUGCAAAGCGUUUUGAGCCGUCGAUAUCUGCGGAGGAGAUGCAGGACCAGCUCGAUCAUUUCACUCACAUAAUGCAAGAGAAAUUUUUGGCAGGAGAAGACACCGAGCAUGUAGAUUAUUCAAAGAUCGAUGAUGAUGAGAGGCUCGAUGAUCAUUGGUUCAAGGAAGCUUGCCAGGAUGCAGAGGAGAAAUAUUUCGAUGAAGACUGAAAGUGCUUACCUAGUGUUGGUUCAUGAAAUAUUGCUGCCUUUUCUUUUAUCUAAUCCUUGUUGUUAGUAUCUGUACCUCAAAGUUUGACUUCACUUGCUGUACUGUAUAUGCUCUUGUCUGAUAUUGUACAUAUCAAGGAAGGUUAGAAGAAGGUUUUAGAUGAGAAUCGGCGUGCACAAAUUUUGUCA